AUAAUCUUGGCGCGAGUCAUGAGCAGUUACAUCGACUUUCAUUCAGUCGCUUUCAAAACACAGAGUGCGUCGAUUCUCGUCAGCCUACGUCUUACCACGAGUGUAUGCGCUAGAACUGUCAAAAUUUAAACGCUAAAGACAGUUCGCCAGUCAAUCAAUCGCAAAUUGGUUACGAGAACCGUUUCGAAUAUUUAUUCGGGUGAUUUUUAUCGAAUGACCGUAGCAGUAUGCUGUUACAAACUUAUAAAGAUCCCCCAGGAAGAGCCGUACAACGUCCUCCAGGAAUUUUGGAUUCGCCAACGUUAGCCAGAGUAGAAAGGGCUAUGUUGAGACAUGGAGAAGGGGCUAAUCGAGAAGGACAAGAUGCCAUUAGGGCUCAAUAUACACAAUCACUUCUUCCCAGUUUCGGUAAGGAGUCGGCACAUGUGAUAAAAAGGGGCCUGAUGUGGCAACAACGCGACAAAUUAUUCAGCAGAUGGAAGGAACGAUACUUUAUCCUCACGAGGGACUAUUUGCAUGUAUUUCGGAGGGCUUCGGGAUCAGAUCGCAUAUCAGAGAUGGGGCAAUUUUUAUUCAAAGUUAAACUAAUCGAUAUCAUCAAAAUAGAAUGGGAAAAUAAAAAGAAUUACAGCACGGUUGCUUUAAUUCUUGGCCGAGAUGGAAAAAUUUAUCUACGAUCUGCUGAAGGACUCGAAGACUGGUUUGAAAUUUUAGAAGAGUGUAUGCUUACCAGCAAAGAGAGAAGACAAGCACUGAGGUAUUCGCAUAAUGAUCAUAACAAAUCGAGGGAUAAUAAUAACAUACCAAAUCUAGAUGAAUGGAUAGCUUCUCGUCAAAAAAUUGAUUUAGGACGAUUAGUAUCAGAAAGUAUGAAUUCAAGGCAAGAAACGGUCAGAAGACGGUUGAGGCCACAACCCGAAGACGAUUGGAUACCUCCACCUCUAGAUAACCGUUUAUCUCUAUUGACUGACAUCGAUAUUAGUACUUACGACGAUAGUACCCUGGGAACGCCAUCUGUGACAUCUUAUCGACUGAACGACGACGUUUUUUGUGUCCAACCACCAUCUCUCAAAGGUUUUGGAUCAUCCAGAUCCUCGAGAGACCCCGGAAUGACUUCGAGAAGAAACGACAACGGCAAUAACUCGGAUACCAAAUAUUUUAAAUUCAGAGAACGUUCGUACAGUGAUAUUCAACGAGUUUAACAUUUCUCAAGACUUCUUUUAGGUUAAACUAGUCAUUUCCAAAGUUAUUAAAUACCAAAUGGGAUUAUAUCCAAAUCGAAAUAAUUACAUUUUCUUUAAUAAAAGAAACAUCGUUGUAAAAUGACUUUGCAUUAUGCAUUAACUGUUUUUUUUUAAAUGUAUCAUUAAAAUCUCAAUUAAUAUUCAUUUAACAAGGAAUGCUGAGUCUCAUAGUAAAAUCUUCAAAACAAAUAUUUAUACUUUUUAAAUGUUUUUAUAUCUUAAAUACCAUCAUCACUUAUAGGGAAUGUAUGACAAUCUGUAUUUUUAUUAUAAUCUGCAACACAUUGUAAUUGUAGAUUUAGGAACCUUUUUACAUUUAUAGAUCUAUUAAUAAAUAAUAUUACAAAGACA